AUGAUCACACAUGGUCUUCUCCUCACGUCUGGUGGCGAGAACCUGCCACAGUCUGAUACCACCAGGCUUGAAGAUGACGUCGAGGUCAUAAAUCACCACCCAGCCGCGGCUAAGGCAUCAUCGUUUGGACAAUAUCAGACAUGGAGUUCUCAUUGGCAAAUGCCAAUGGAUAAUGGAAUGUGCCGCGAACUACCAGCAACCAUGAGACGGCGAUCGGGGAAUACGCCGCCCUGA